AUGCAGCUUCCAUUUACAACUACGGCUGUGCUUCUCAUGGCUUGCAAUGCUUUAGCGGGAGUUGUACAGCCGAUUUCAGUGCCAGCGGUUCAUAUACGGAACGGAACGGUUGUUGGCAACUAUAUCGAGUCCCACAACCAAGAUGCUUUCUUAGGAAUCCCUUUCGCGCAGCCCCCAAUCGGAGACCUUCGUUUCAACGCGCCCCAGUCCAUCAGUGAGGGCUGGAAGUCCCCUUUAAAUGCGACGGCAUACGGCGCUCACUGUAUCAAUUACCUACUAGGCCUGCCAUUGGAUCCCGCCGAUCUCGCCACCAGGUACCCCCAGAGCGAGGACUGCCUAACAAUCAAUGUGGUCCGGCCAGCAGGGACGAAACCCAACGCGCGUCUUCCUGUGCUAACUUAUAUUUAUGGCGGCGGUUUCCAAGAAGGGGGCUCUGCCGAUGCCAGGUACAACACUACCGCUCUGGUUGACAAGUCGGUUCAGAUUGGCCAGCCAUCGAUUGUGGUGACCAUGAACUACCGUCUUCAGGGAUGGGGCUUCUUGGCCGGGGAUGAAGCUCGCAAGCAAGGUCUCCUGAACCUUGGUAUUCAGGACCAGCGACUUGCUCUCCGGUGGAUCCAGGAAAACAUUGAAGCCUUCGGAGGUGACCAUCGGCGCGUCACUAUCCAAGGCGAAUCAGCCGGUGCUCUCUCGGUGGGCUUUCACUUGUUGGCCAAUGGGGGGCGGGAUGAUGGUCUCUUUAAUGCUGCAAUUUGUCAGAGCGGCGGACCUUACAAUGCUCUGAGCUUUCCGUCAGAUGCCCAGUCCCAGAAAACGUAUGAGAGUGUUUUGAAGGCAAUAAACUGCACAGAUGCUUCCGACACGUUGAAAUGCCUACGCGCCGCGCCUUUUGACACUUUGAACACGGCGUUCGCUAGUCUCUCGUUCUUACCUGUUAUCGACGGAACCCUUGUCCCCGAGUACGCCUCUACUGCUCUUGCUAGUGGCCGAUUUGUCAAGGUCCCCUUGCUUAUCGGUGCUAAUACCGACGAGGGCAAGGUGUUUGCUGGCAUGGGCGUCAAUACCACGGAAGAAUUUGCUGGCUUCAUCGAGAAAUACCCGUAUGUACAUACCACUACCAACGCAACUAUCCGCGAUUUGCUGGAAGCGUACCCUGAGCCGGGCACCAACUCGACCCAUGGUCAAUCGGAUGAUACACUCCCAGUCUCUGCGCCCUACGGAGCUCAGUUCUUGCGCGCCGCUAGGUAUACCGGAGACGUCAUGUUCAUUGCCGGACGGCGGUACACGUGCGAAACUUGGGCUCAUUAUGGCGUCCCCUGCUACAGCUACCGGUUCAACACGAUUCCUGGCGCCACCGAUCCCCUCUACCUUGGAGCUACUCACUUUGAGGAGGUUGCAUUUGUCUUUGAUAACGUGUUGGGACUAGGCAUGCCAUCAAAUGCUUUUGAUGUUGAGCCUGCCGAACGGAAACAGAGCUACAAGCAGUUGGGUGACACUAUGAGCCGAAUGUGGAUGAGCUUUUCCGCGACUCACUCCCCCAAUAAUCACCGAGUGAAAUCAAUGCGUACGCUCUGGCCGGCGUACAACCUGAAGAACCCCCAGAACAUGGUGUUUGAUGGAAACAUCACCAGCUUCGUGGAGAAAGAUGACUGGCGUAUUGACGCACUCAAAUUGAUCAUCGAGAGAUCAUCGGAUUUUUCUCGUUAA